CUCUCGCCCGCCUGCCAUGCCCGCGCCCAGGCUGCCUCGGCAGCAGUUUGUCAUUCUAGCCCUGUGCAGGUUUGCCGAGCCGCUGGCCUUGACCAGCGUCUUUCCCUACCUCCCUGAGAUGGUCGAGAGCUUCAAAGUCCCAAAGAACAAAAUAGCGAAAUGGGCUGGAAUCGCCUCAGCCAUCUUCAGCCUGGGCCAGUGUGCGACGAGCAUAGCCUGGGGGCGCGCUUCUGACAAAUAUGGCCGCAAGACCAUCAUCCUGCUGGGUUUGUUCAACACCAUGCUCACGAGUUUGUUGUGGGGCUUCUCCACCUCCUUGCCAAUGGCAUUGAUUGUCAGGGCACUGCAGGGUGCUGGUAACGGUAACGUGGGGAUCUUGCGCACCAUGGUCGCCGAACUGUGCCCUUGGAAAGAGUUACAACCGCGAGCUUUCAGCAUAAUGCCACUUGUGUACAACGUUGGCAGUGUUUUUGGCCCUGCUAUCGGAGGUGCUCUUGCAAACCCUCUGCAUGUGGAUAUCACUAAGCCACGCGGAGACUCCUUUUUCGAGAAGUUCCCAUACGCUCUCCCGAACAUUGUCUCUGCUUGUGUCUUUCUUGCAGGCAUCAUGACUGGCAUUCUUUAUCUCCACGAAACGCUGGCAUCGAAGAAGGGCCAAAAAGAUUACGGGCUCAUUCUUGGGCAGCGACUAAAUCACACUGUACUUGAAGGGCUUACUAGAGUCAAGAACUUACUGCGACAAGCCAGAGGAGAAGAAAUUGAACCACUGCUGAAACGCCCAGGUCUAACUUCACCGGAAGCCCAUAAUGACCAAGAAGCAGACAGCAUUGCACCUGCAAAAUCCCCCGAAGACCAAAAGGCACCUAGCGUGAGGGAUGUGCUUACCACACAAUCCUGUAUGAACUUACUGGUGUACACGAUUCUGGCAGCGCAUUCGAUAGGUUAUGAUCAACUUCUUCCAGUAUUUAUGCACCAUCCCGAGCAACAUAUGCUCAAUACUGAGAAUCCUCUGAAGUUUUCUGGGGGAUUUGGUAUCGACUCUGGGAGGAUAGGUACCCUCUUUACGCUCUAUGGUUUUUUGGGCAUCCUGUACCAGCUCUUCUUAUUCCCCCCGGUCGCUAGGCAUUAUGGCGUCGUCCGUUGCUUUCGCGUUGUAUCUCUGAUUUUCCCAGUUUGCUUCUUCUUGACUCCAUUCACCGCACUAUUACCUACAUCGACAUCCCGACAAGUUGUCAUGUUUAUGAUCAUGAUGGUAAAGGGCUGUGCCUCGACGUUUGCGUUUCCAUGCAGCACGAUUCUUUUGACCAACAGCGCCACUUCUUUGAGGAUUCUCGGUACACUGAAUGGCAUCGCAACAAGCGUUUCUGCGAUAGGCAGAGCUGCCGGUCCUGCGAUUGGAGGAAGUACAUUUACCAUGGGCGUGGAGCACGGUUACGUUAUUGUACCGUUCUGGAUAUUCGCUGCCAUUUCGCUGUUGGGUGCCAUCCCCGCCUUCCUUUUGAUUGAGGGAGAAGGUUUCGGUCCCGAAGAACCAGAUGUGUCGGACGAGGAAAACCAAGAGCCUGCACGUUGUUCACGUGGGGAUUCUGACAGUUUGAGCUCUGAAGAUGACUAUGGCGUUGUCGGUGAGUUACUUAGCCGCACAACCACCAUUUCCUCAGGUGUUCUUGACAAUGACAUCGAUGACGAUGUUGGGACCGCGAACAUGAUACAUCCCCAGCCAAGCUCUUCGCUUCCAAGUGGAGGUCUGCAUAGGAACACAGCUUCGAGUCGAAGAGGUUCUGGUGCUCAACAGAAAGGUCGUCCCAUAAGGAGGAAGACCAGUGUGCCAAUCGGGAUGGGGAUGGGUUUCAGACGACAUAGCUCAAACCUAGGAUUGAGUCGCGAUGGGUAUGGGACUGGACAAAGUUGGGGCGGUUAAACGGCAAAACCCCAGGACCCAAAGAGUCACCUAGGAGUACAUACAAUUGAAGGAACA